GCAUGUCUACAAAUUAAUCUCAAAAGUAGUCUUAUCUUUAUAAAUAUUUCCAAGUAAACAUUUUAAAUGAAAAAUUUUCUGUAAUAACAAUUUUUAACAAUAAAAAUACAAAAAAAAAAAAAAAAUUAAAAAUACAGUACAAAAUUUGUCUUUAAUAUGGAAAUUGGAAUUUCUCUUUCGAAUGAGCUAGAGGUUCGCAUCUCCGAAGCAUUCUGUAUUUUCGAUCAUCAUGGCGAUAAAUAUAUAGAUACUCGUAAUAUAGGCAACGUGCUGAGAUUUUUGGGAUGCGUUCCAACAAAUAAAGAAGUCAACGAGAUCAUUGCGGCAACAGAUUCGGUGGAGAAUCCAGGAGAGGCGCAUUUGCCUAAGUUCAUGGCUCACGUCUCACAUUUGCUUAUGGAAAGAAAAAUGGAGCCUGCUAGUCCUCAAAAACUUUUAGAAGCUUUUGAAGUUUUAGAUCCGGAAAAUAAACGAUUUCUCACGAAAGAAUAUUUUGGUAAAUUAAUGAGUGAAGAAGGAGAAGUGUUCAAUAAAGAAGAAUUGGACGCAAUGUGGCCAGUGGCCAUAGAUCCAAUAACGGAUAAUAUUCCCUAUAUAUUCUAUAUUAAUAAGCUGAAGCACAAAACCACAAUUUAUGAUGUUGCAGAAGCAGUGAAGGAAGAACUGGCUGCUAACGAAAAGGAAAAGAAAAAGUAACGCAGUUCAAAUGUUGAUGCAAAAAAAAUAUAAAAAUUGAAAUUUAAGUGUAAAAAAAUUAAUUAGUUAUGAAUUACUUGAAUAAUAAUUUGUUAUAUUAUUUGUUAAAAUAAAAGAUAUUGCUGAUAUUA